CUAGUUCCCAGCCGUAGGUUGGGGCGGCUUUGACCAAUUCCCGGGACUUCUUCCACUGGUUCUCAGCAAUAUGGACAUGCAACUAUUUUUGAUCGAAUGGAGGCUCAAGGAGUACCUCAGCUGCAGGGCAAAAUGCAAGGACAUGAGUUGCUGACUUCCUCCCAGCAUCAGAGCCAUAGAUAUUAAUCUAUAUUUCAACAUCAAUCUACAAUAGCUGAAAACACCUCACCACAAAACAAAUUAGCCCAUGGUACUGAUGGGCGUUUUUUGUAAAACAUAUUUUAAAAACUUUUGUUGAGAUCUAUUUUCUACUUGUGGCACAAUUCUAUAUUGUUACUUAUUGGGCACUGAUGGUAGCUUUCAGAAGGUGCUGCUUCAAAUGGUCCACCUCCUCUUUUAGCAAGAAGGAACUUCGGGUCUUGGAUAGCAACAACAUCUUCAGGAAAAAUGCUAUACGAAGGAAAGCGGCUCGUCUCCUGCCAUUGUUUCUUCCUAUUAACGGCCAAAUUCUACUGGAUACUCAGUACGAUGCAAAGAGCUCAUGGCCAGGAAUAUGCCCACUCUAUUCGACUGGAUGGGGACAUCAUCUUGGGAGGACUGUUCCCUGUCCAUGCAAAAGGAGAUAGAGGGGUUCCUUGUGGGGAGCUGAAGAAGGAGAAGGGGAUCCACAGACUAGAGGCAAUGCUAUAUGCAAUAGAUCAGAUCAACAAGGACCCCGAUCUUCUUGCCAAUAUCACGUUAGGUGUCCGGAUCCUAGAUACUUGUUCCAGGGACACUUAUGCACUGGAGCAGUCCUUAACAUUUGUGCAAGCUUUGAUAGAGAAAGAUGGUUCAGAUGUGAAAUGUGCUAAUGGAGACCCGCCUAUUUUCACUAAGCCAGACAAGAUAUCAGGUGUAAUAGGUGCUGCUGCAAGUUCUGUAUCCAUCAUGGUUGCUAAUAUUUUAAGACUUUUUAAGGUAGGUAAAGUUUUCUACUCUUCAUUUAAAUAA